CCGUCGUAUUGCCAUCGAUCCACCACGGUGCGUGUAGCUGUGUGCGUAUGCCAGUUUGUGUAUGUGUGUGUGUGUGCGUGUGGAUGUACGCAAGCCGCUGGACGCGAGAGCAUGCGAAUGAAACGUCGAGCGUGACAGAGAGGGCACGAGCCGUCCGACGAAAAGGCGUCAGACGUCUGGCAGCGACGUACACACAAAUCACAGUGCAGUAUCCCCAGGCAGCUGCUGGACGAGUUAGGGUUUUCGUGACUGUCAUUCUGCCCGAGCCGAAGAGUGGCUACAUCAAAGUUAAGGAAAGUGACUCGUACAGGCGCGCAAGGAAUAUUCCCCCGUACCACGAACCCAAAAAAGGGGGGCUUAUAUACAAUGAAGCGAGAAGGAAUUUCGUUUGCAAUAUUUUAAAACACCCCAGGAUAGCGGAACAGCGGCAGCAAUUGCAGCAAUAAUUUCAAAACAAAAAUAAGGAAAAAAGAAAACCCUGCUGGGGAGAAAAUAACGCGCGCGCUUGUUCGCACACCCACAUACACGCCGAAACCAGUCGAGUCGGGAGUUUUGCCUAGUUCCUGUUUGUUUUAUUUUUUUGUUUUAAUGUGUGAACAACAACGUCGGCCUCCACCGCAGCAGCAGCAGCAAGGGCGAAAGUGCAGCAACAGCAGCAGUGGUAGCGAUCGCAACAACCGAAGGAUGUAGCGGCAAGAGUUGCAGUACGUGCGAGUGUGCUGAACACAACAGUAUUAGGGAAACGCGGUGUGUGGUGUCGUCCUCCCGAUAGACACUGAAGCAAACGAGGACGGCAUGCCCACGCACACACAAGCACACAGUAGCAGCAGGCAGCAGCAGCAGCAGCACCGUCGCGUCGUUUUAUAUUUUGGUGCCGAUGCACUGAGCGACGACGGCAACGCAACAACAACAACAACAACAACAACAACGCCGCAAAGGAAAAGAAAGAAGCAGCAGCAGCAGCAGCAGCCAGGCCCGUUCGAACGCCGCGCGGUGUGUGUGCGUCGAAGGCGCGCGCGCGCGCGUUCGUAAGCGCAGCGGUGUUAGUGAAGUGUGCGAAGUUCCAAAAUCUACAAUCUCCAUCAAUCGCAAUCCCGUGUGCGCGCGUGUGUGCGCGUGUGUAGUUUCGUGUGCAGUGUCGUGUGUGUGUGUGAGUGUGCGCGCGCGCGCGCGCCACGCUCUCUCUUCGUCGCCCGAUAAUCAGCCUACAGACACAUCCCCACUCACACAUUCACAUAUACACAAACGCACACACAUCCUGAAGAGGUGGGCAAUUCUCUCAGUGUGCCGUGUGUGUGUGCGUGCGUUCGGGCUGUAGUGUGUGUGUGUGUGUGUGCCGCGUGAAAUCAUCGUGUGUCGCGGGUGCCGCUUGUGUAGUGAAAGCGUACGGCAGUGCGUUGUGUGUGUGUAUCUGGUUUUUGUAUGUGAGAGAGCAGCCUGGGGGAGCUUGGGGCUGUGUGUGAGAGGCGUGGAAUUGUGCAUCCAGGCAAGUGCGCGUGUGUGAGUGUACAUCGUGUAAAGAUCGAGAAAUCAAUCAUACGCAUCCUCGAGAUCAUUCGCAUCCUCACCAUCGUCGUCGUCAACGAUCAACCAAACCGUAGCCGUCUCUGCAAUAAACGAAAAGACCGCCAGCCCGAGAGCGCCUUCGCCCACCGCCACCUCCAAAGUGUGUGAGUGCGAGUGAGUGUGUAUGGGCGGUAGGUCCAACAAUCCAUCCGAAAACAAUAGGAGCGCGCACACGCGAACGCGAAACGGGCCGAGGUGUGUGUGUGUUGAAGGUAGUAGAAGGUUGUGUGCAAAGUGCGCGAGUGCGCGAGAGAGCGAGAGAGAGAGAGAGAUAGAGAGAGAGAGGACACGAAAUAGCUUCACCGCAACAAUCCACUAGUAGCAGCGCAUCGUCACACACCCGCGCACACACACACAGCCAACCAACGGCAAAGAGAAAAUCUGGUGGGAGCAGCAAAGGAGAGAAAGGGAGAGAGAGGAAGAGAGAUGAUCAUGGUGUACAGCAACAAUAGCAAUAGAAAGUGUUUCAAAUAUGAAGUUACUGAUCGUGCAACUUGUGAGCAAAGUUAGUUUAAGUUUAAGCAAAAAAAAUUGUGUGUUUAAAGUGAAAUAAUAAUAAUAAUAAGUGUAAUUAAAGAAGGAAAUAUUCGAAGCUAAAGCAGCACAGUGCUUUGGCCGAGACGUACGAAUCGCUUCUAUCAACGGUAGCAAAGUGAUAAAAAAGUGAAAAAACAAUGGCCGAUCACAUGGAGGAGCCGCCAAUGAAGCGGGCGAAAGUCCGAGAAGUAAACUCAGAAGUAAUCGCAACCACGCUCGAUCAAAUGUUCGACCUGGAGAACCAUCUUCCGGACGAGCUGAUGGGCGACAACACGUGGGUCGAUUCCUUGAGCGGAGGGAAUAAACCGCCCGGUCCCGGUCCGGGAUCACAGAUGAAUGGAGACGAUCCGGGCGGGGGAUCUUCCAACCUGUCGCAGGUAUCGCUCGCCCUCCAACG